AAUGGAGAGAAAACUCAUCUGAAAACAUAAGUUCCUUCAUUACUGUUUCCGCCCAAUGACGGGCAAACUCUGCAAACGAUGAUCUCUGGUGGCCGAAUACUAAAAGAUGGCAAUUAUGCGUCUGCAAGAUCUCCCCAUGCACUUAAUGAUGUCUCCAUUCAGGCUGACAUACACGUCGCUGAACCAACAACUUACGAAUCAGAGGACGAGACGAUGGGCAGAAGAAAACAGUCAGGAAGGCUCAAAAGAGGUACUCCUCUUUAUUCGAAACAGGACAUAAGAGAGCAGUAUUGCAUCAACGAUCGACAGCUUUUAGGUUUAGAAGACACGUCCUCAGGACUCUUCGGGUGCUUAUCUUCCUAUCAGGAUUCAUCGUGCAGUUCUCGUAGUCCGAGCCUGUUAACCGUUUGUGUUCGACGCCGGGUACCUUCGGAUGAAAAUCUCGCGGAACUGGUACGGCGUCCAGUAACGGAGUACGCUCCGUUUCCGAGAUGGAUACCGCCGUACCCCGUACACGCCUACCCUCCUCCGAGACCCAAGUCGUACUACUACGACCCGUACGCCUGGUUGCCCGAAGACGACGAACCUUGCCGGAUUGAAAGGCCCAGGUCGGUAAGGGAUUUCGACGGCUAUCCUCGAAGGUACCUUAGCUAUAGUACAGAAUACCUGCUUGGACGGCAUGAACCGUGCCCGGCACAUCCGCACAUCCUUCCACCUCCACCACCACCUCCACUCAUGGCACCGAUUGUACAUAGGCCAAAGCACGUUAGCUUUGCAAGAUCUCACACGAUGCAGUCAUUCGACGAUACAGUAAGUUUCGGAAGUGGAAGCUGUAUCACGUCCUGUAGUCAAGAACGACUCAUCGAUGGUAAAAAAUCUUCCGAAAUGCCAAAAGUUAUAGUCUUAGAAAAAGCGAAGAGGGCACCUAUGAAAACUCAAGCGACCCAGACGGAAGUGUGCCUAGGAAGAAAGCCAUUACCUCCGAAUUAUCUCUCCCUCAGCCCAAGAACUGUCCAAAGGGUGAGGAUGGUGUCGCAGGGUGCUCAAACGAACGGGGAAAAAGGGCCGACAAGACAGUUAAUGAAAAGCUACUCGGAAGUCGGAAAAUUCGCCACUUCCCCUCCAAACAUACCGCCCUUAGAAAUACACGAACCUAUACAGAGAACACAGUCUGACGAACCUAGGUCACCAUAUCUACCUACUAGUCCUAAGGAAAUUUUUAUAAAUUUUGAACCAUUAGAAAAACGAGGAAAGAAAAGGUUGGCCAAAACGCUUUCCGAUGGCGAAAUUUUGGAGGGCAAGGGUUUGAAAGAAGAAAUGAUGGAGCCGUGUACCCAGAGCGAUGGAGAAUUGGCUUCCACCAAGAGCACUCAAGAAGAACCAGAAGAAAAGAGGACCAUAACCCAAAUCGACGUGCAAACCCCUAGAAAACUUAUUACGGCUGACUCACAAGAAGAAGAGUUCCACGAAAACCUAAUAUACCAGAACAUUUUUAGAAAAAGGAGUGACUCUGGAGACAGUGCCGAGGGCCCGGAACAAAAGACUGUGAUAGUCCCAACGACCCCUUCGCCCUUCGCUUCCUGCGAUUCUUUGAAUACAAAAGACCACAGUGACAGCAUCUGGAAUGAGUCGCAGAUGACUGUGCUGCAUGCCGAUUCAGAUAACAACGGUGCAGGCACCGGUAUGAGUUGUUCGGAUCUCAGCACUUCCUUGGCACCAAGUGCGGCCAUUAGUGCAAUGACACCUUCUGCAAGAAGAAAGCAUCUAUUGAUGGUACAGCAUCAACAAAGAUCAAGCAUUGACACAGAUGCCUUAGAUAAUGAAGAGGUUGAGAUACAAGAACAGGAAAUGCCAGCUAAAUCCAGAGUAGUACCUUGCACCGAAAAGCCUAUUCCUGUUGUAGCAGUGACCGUACCAACGCAGGAAAAAACUCCAGAACCUACGACUUUAAAAGUAGUUCAACAGCAAAAAGAUAGGAAAGAACGUCCAUUGUCACCAAGUCAGAGAUUAAAACGAAAAAGUACAGGCACAAGGACUCCAGAUUCAGAACAGCAUCAUUCCUCAUCAGCGACACUUAGCAGUAAUGAAGCGUUUGGAAGAUCAGAUUCAGGCAAAACAAACACAGAUAUGUCAGAGGCAUCCACAACUGAUGACUACGCCACAGCGACUGAAAAUAACUCAGAUGCCAGUAGUCGCCCACAUCUGGCUGAAAAGGAAACCUUUCAACCCGGACAAGGGACAGGGUCUUUUGAAAGUGGUUCAUCAGUGUACAGCCUGACGAGGGCUGAUGCAACGGAAGAACAACAGGUGCCGUGUUCUCCUCCAACCACUGAAGCAGAAACAAAAGAAAGCAGCACUGAACAGCAAGAAGACAAAGGAGGCGAUGGUGAUGGUGACACAUCAAGCGCUGAAAGUAGCAGUUGUGGGAGCUAUAGUGUGGAAGGCAGUAGUGACAAAUUAGGGCAUUCAGACAAAAGUCACUGUUCAUCAACAGGUGGCUAUGAUUCACCUUUUGAAGACCAAAAGCAAAGAAAAUGGACACAUGAAGAUAAGUCACGUGUGAAAAAGGGAUUCAAACUCGAACUCUCAGCUAAUAUCGAACAACCUGAAGGAACAACACCAACAGUUAAGAGUCCAUGGCAGAAGAAGACAAUGCCUCCUGUCGAAGAGAAGGAGAAAACUCCUGUGAAAACACCAAGCCAACCGAGCAAACGAACACCGACCCAGGGAAGCAGAGAAACAACACCUAGUAUUAGAAGUCCCGGGGUUCAUGAAACAUACAAAAAAGAAGAAUUGACGGCACGACUGACUCUGGAUGAUAAUAAAGUCAAAAUUAGUAACGGUAUUGGAGCACAUAGUUCUGAUGAAUCCAGUGAUGAAUGCACUUGUGGAAAAAAGAAGAGGACUAGGGAGAUUCAGAGAAGGAAGAUCCCAGUUGCAAAAAGUCCAACAACUCUGCCCAGGGAAAGGAGGCGAAGCGUUAGUGGGGAAGACCUGGGCAAAAGGAGAUGUUCGAUAGUUACUAAGUCUCCAAGUCCAGUUAGAAAUGUUGACGAUUCUUUACAUAUGGCAAGACUAAGUCCUCAUUCUGCUUUAAGUCCUGGGGGAAGCCCUAGCAGGCAGCACAUAAAAGGUGGGAUCACUAGUCCUGAUUCAACACGUCUGAAAGCCCUGAGUGCUGAGUCUCUAAGGUCUGUAAGCCCUGGGAGUGAUUCUGUAUUUUACAGCGAGCCAAGUAGCAACACAGUUACAGAUUUGAAAAGUCAACCAGUGUGUCAGCACUGUGGACAACAGUAUGAAAGCCCUCAGGGCACACUGGAAAAGCCUGAAGCAGAUAUUGUACAACCGCCAGCAGGUUUUGAAGACUCGCCAAGAACUCCUCACCGAGUGAGACACUACAAGAAGGCUGAUAAAAGGUAUAGGUCUGAAGAAAGGCGUAACCGCAUUCAUGCUGAAGCUGCUAGGGCCAAAUCUGAGGAAAGAGCUAGAGAAGAUAGAAAAGAAAAAAUCCGUCCUUUAACACGAUCUACAGAUGCUAGUAUGGAAAAAUUACAUAUUCAAAGCAGCUUUGAUGAUGAUGAUGAUUGGAGUGGAGUUGUCCUUGACGCAUAUAAUUUUGGCACUUGGGUGUACAUAGGUGGUCCUGAAGAACUGCAAGUUUGGCAAAGACCAGAUAGCCGAGAUGAAGAAAAUGAAGACAUACAAAAGAGUCGGAAGGACUCAAUUGAGUCAACACACUCUGAGGAAGAAUUCCGUCGAAAAUACCAGGCAAUCACACACAGGAUGGUCCACAGGAAAUCCAGCCUAGAAAUGUAUAAAAGACUUGCUUCAAAAUGUUUCGAAGUUGACAAAAGAGUACUUGUUAAAAGAGGAACCGGUGAAUUUGGCUUUAGAAUACACGGCUCAAAACCUGUUGUAGUUUCUUGCAUCGAAGCAGGAACUCCAGCUGAAUCAUCUGGACUGGAAGUUGGUGACAUAAUAAUUAAUGUAAAUAACAUCAACGUACUCGAUGCAACACACUCUGAAGUUGUAAAAUUAGCACAUGCUGGUGCUGAUAUACUUGAACUUGAAGUUGCAAGAACAUACGAUAAAGUGUCACGGACAUCUCUUCCAAGUCCAAUAAUAGCUGGCUGUCUAUAUAGGUUGAGCCAGAGUAUGAAAGUGAAAGGCAACUGGGUUUGGCGUUAUUUUGUGUUGAAACAAGAUCAAUGCCUUUAUCAUUACAAAUCUGAAUCUGGUGGUCAACCGUUGGGAGCCAUUCACGUUUCCGACUACACGGUGGUACAGUCUGAUUCUGAUAAGCCACACAGUUUCCGUCUGAGCAAGAAAGGAGUGUCCUCGCUUCAUUUAGCGGCAGCUUCACAGGGUGAAGCAGAUCAAUGGAUGACUGCUUUAAAAGAAGCAUGCCAACCAAAGGUGAAUAAACCAAACAUUUUGUGGAAGUUAUUAUAUAACGAUUCACUUCAGGUUCCCUCGUGGAUGUCUGAGACUUGUUUGAACGCUCCUCCAACUAAAAUUCACCGUCCUGAUUGUGCUGGAACGUUAUCAACAUUAGUUCAUCACCGAGGGAAAACAUGGAGGAGGCGUUUUUGCAUUCUAAAAGAUGCAUCCAUGUAUUUCUACUCAGAUAUUAACGCAGAGAUAGCUCUUGGUAUGGUGUGUCUGCAUGGCUACCGAGUUCAAAGCUCAACUUCUGCAUCGAGAAAAUUUGCUUUUGAACUUUAUCCCCCUGAUCAAUCUUUAAUGCAUUUUUAUUUUUACACUGAUACAGAACUUGACAAGAAAAGGUGGCUUGCAGCACUGGAAUAUUCCAUUGACCGUUGGAUUAAAGUUGGAUAAUACUUGGAUAACAAUCACUGCCAUUUUAAUUGUGAUGAACGUUUAUGAAUAAAGAAUGAAAUUAAAACAUAUUUUUAAACAUUUGAGAAAAAGCGUUUGGAUAAAUGAUAGCCAAGAAAAAUAACAUAACACAGCAAUUUGUCCAGUUCUACUUUCAAAACGUAUAGUAGAAGGUAAAGAUUGCUCACUACAACAUUUUGACCAUGUUGUAUUUGUCAAUUUAUUAAAUAAAUAGCCAAUAAAAAGAAGGUUUAACCAAUAACAUUUAUAACAUUAUUGUGACUUAUUUAAAUUAAAUAUUAGUAUGUUUGCUCAUGGCAAUUCACGGUAAGUUGAACACCAAAUAGGUGACAAAGGUUCUUUUUUGUAAAGGAAAAGAACAAAGGUAAUGUUUAUCUAUUGAUGUGCUGAUAUUAAUUUUGUUUUUUCAUUAUUUUAAUUUGUGCUAAAUUUGUACAAUAAAAAUGACCAAAGAUUA